GCAGAUUUGGAAGCAUUUUCGGAGAUGUGUCAUAACCUGCUGGUGGACGUCCAACAGCGUCUCAUCUUCCGUGCGCAUGUCUACAUCAAAUCACAGAUCCUAGAUUACGCACCCAGUCCCGGUGAUCUGGCCUAUCCUGAAAAACUGGAAAUGAUGGAGGUAAUAAUCUCCUUAGUCCCCAUCAUGUCCAACGUUAUUUGUUUCUUCUUUUUAUGUCUGAUUGCUGUGUUGGGCAUACUUGGGGCUGCUGACCUGCGUCUCAAAGCUUCAACCUUGUCAUCCAGAUACCUUCAUAAUCACCAACUUUCACAAUGA